AUGCCAUACCGCAUCCCUGAAGCAGUAAGGGAGAACAAGCACAAGGAGAUCGAGGAGAUGCUCCAACAGGGGGUGAUUGAGCAGUCAGAUAGCCCCUGGGCCUCCCCUGUAGUCCUCUUACCUAAACGGGACGCUCCAGUGGUGCAAGCUGAAAAUGUGACAGAAUUUGUAGGAGAUAAUGUGACUUUACAAUGCAUGUACUCUGUAAAUGGAGGAACCAGCCCCAUGUGCUGGGGAAGAGGCAGCUGCCCAAGAUCCAAAUGUACCAAUGCUAUAAUCUGGACCGAUGGUGAGAAAAUAACCUGGUAUAAAUCUGAGAGAUACCAGGUACUGGGAAACAUUACACAGGGAAACUUGUCCCUGAGUAUCAGCGGGGUAACUCGCAAUGAUACUGGAACAUACUGUUGCCGAGUGGAGAUUCCAGGAUUCUUCAAUGACAUAAAAGAGGAAACACAUUUGAACAUACAAGAACGCCCAUCAUUGCCAGCUAAACAUGUGACAGUAUCAGUAGCAGAUAAUGUGACCUUAUCCUGCAAAUAUUCUGUAACUGGAGGAACCACCACCAUGUGCUGGGGACGUGGAAGCUGCCCAUCUUCCAAAUGUGACAAUGAGAUCAUCACGACUGAUGGCCAGAAAGUGACCUGGAAUAAAUGUGAGAGAUACCAGUUACUGGGAGACAUAGUGCAGGGGGAUGUAUCCCUGACUAUCAGUGGGGUAACUCCCAGUGAUGCCGGAACAUACUGUUGCCGUGUGGAGACCCCAGGAUGGUUCAAUGACAUAAAAGAGGAGAAACAUUUGGAGAUUAAGCAAUCCCCACCAAAGCCCCAACAUGUGAUAGAAUCAGGUGGUAAUGUUACCUUACCCUGCAAAUACACUGUAAGUGGAGGAACUGCCACCAUGUGCUGGGGACGUGGUAGUUGUCCACCUCUGCUCUCUUUUUCCAAAUGUAACAAUGAGAUCAUCUGGACUGAUGGCCAGAAAGUGACCUGGAAUAAAUCUGACCGAUACCAAUUACUGGGGGACAUAGCACAGGGGGAUGUGUCCCUGACUAUCAGCGGGAUAACUCCCAGUGAUGCCGGAACAUACUGCUGCCGUGUGGAGAUUCCAGGGUUUAACAAUGAUGUAAAGGAGGAGAGGCACUUGAAUAUACAGGAACAAACAAAAGACAAAGGACACGACUGUAACGCCUGAAGCACUUCCUCAAGCUGGAGUGCUUUAGUGGUUUAGAACUUUCCUUUAAGAUUUUUCAGAAACAAGGCUGUACAACAAUCCAAAAAAAUGUUGCCCUGUAUCUUUACAAAAAGGAAACCAGUCCACUUGCCUUCUCUAAUGCAGAUCGUCUCAUCAAAUAAAAUGUGUAAC